ACCUGUUGUAACAUUGAAGGGAGUUUGCCUAGCACCGUUUGAGAAGCACUGAUUUUAGGGCAAAUAGCUAUUACACAGGCCUUGUGAUACAAGAAGAACAGUCGGAUGCACUACAAGUGCCGGGAAGGACUGACGAUCGGCGUGCAAUAUGCACAAAGCGAGAAGAAUGGAAGUCGCGACGGCGAGCGAGCGAGCGUUCUAGCCGUCGGAGAGCGACAUGCGGCUGAAGAUGGGCAAGCGGCGCUCGUCGACCUCGCCCUCGCGGCCCGGCGACUCUGCGCCGGAGCUCAGGGAGUAGGACGAGGCGGAGAGCGAGUCGGCCGAGAAGUAGCGCCGCAAAACGACGGGGCGUCCGGGGAUCGGAGCGGCCGACAAUCCAAAAGCGCAGUCGGCCUCGUCGGAGAAGGGGCGCAGAAGCCCCGGCCAGAGGAGCGGCAACGACGACGACGACGGGCGGGAGUCGAAUCCGGCGAAGCUGAGGCUGUGUCGCAGGACGGCUCGCGCCUCCUCGGCGUUGUGGAUGAAGUGGCAGCGGGCGCCGUAGGGGCAGAAGCCCGCCGCGUGGAAGGUGCGGCACGGCUCCGUCUUGUACUUGGGGUGGCGGCUCAGCCCCCGCAGCUCGUCCGGCCCGUGCGCGAACUGGCACUUGGCGCCGUACUCGCACACUCCGCUCUCUCGGAAAGCGCGGCACAGUUCCGUCUUGUAGCGCGCGGAGGUCGGGGGCCGCGGCGGUGUCGGCGGCGGGACCUCGGCGGGCACGCCCCCCUCGAUCAUGCUGACCGAGCGGUCGCUCCGGAAGGGGAUCCGGCUGAGGAGCCCGCGAGCUUCUCCUCCAUUCCCAUCCGGAACCACAAAGUCCUGACAAAAAUGGACAAGACGGGACUCUCAAAACAGGAGCGUAUAUUGCAUCCAACUCGGGAGCUCUUUUCCCCUUUCUCACCUUGCAGAAGUCUCGGUCCACUUCCAGGAAAGGCGUGAGGAUGCGGGACGGCAUCUUCGGAGGCUGCGUGCGAUGUGGCUCCGGGGCCAGACUUCCUCGACCAUCUGUUGGAAUCUUUUUAAAUAGUCACACCCCCACCCAUCAAACCGGGGACACCCUCGCACCCCCCUCAACAUUUGUGUUCCUUCCAUUUGAAAGCUCACCAUUCACUAACUUCUAGGCAUUAUUUCGUGUUCAUAUAAACGACUGUAAAUAAUACAACGACUUUAAUCUGGUAAUAUUACUAUUGUUGCUUUAUUCUAUUCGUCCUAUAUAUAAAUUUUGCAUUCUUUGUAUGGUCAUAAUACCCCGUGGUACAAAUUAAUGUGCAGGAUAUGAACAGGAUUCACAGAAAAAAAAACCAACCUAUAUUUCCAAAACGUUUCCUUACGUAUUGUCAGGAUAGGUUAGAGACUCACAAAUUCAGUCAAUCUAUUAAAAAAAAAAAAUCAGUAUCUAUUUUUUAACAAUAUGAAAUACAACAUCGUUGACUCAUUGACAUAAAAAAUAGCACAUCCAAACAAUUGAAAUAGUUACAAUAUGACUAUAUACAGUCAAGAGCCUAUUUUUGUGUGUAAAUAUUAAAUAAAUAAAAAAGAAUCCAGAAAAUCAACAAGUGCCGUGCACGACGUCACAGGAAGUAGUCGCAUGUUGUAUAACCUUCGAAAUGGUAAAAUGGCCAGUACUUAGAUAGCGCAUUUAUCUGCGUGGUUACCAUGCCCAAAGUGCUUUACAUUAGCACACAUUGACACACCAAUGGGGCUGCUGCCAUGCAAGGCGCUGUCAACCCAUUGGAGGCAAGUCAGGGUUCAGUGCCUUGCCCAAGGGCACUUCAACAGUGGGAGCUGGGAAUCGACCCUUCGGUCCAAGGACAACUCCAGCUACCAACUGCGCCACGGUCGCCCCACGUAUAACCUUUCAGUCAAUUAUAUACAUUUUUCUAAUUGGUUGUCAACAUUAGCUUAGGCUUGCCACCCGUCCCUUGAAAUACGGAAUCGUUCCGUAAUUGGGAAUUAAAAGUUGCGUUCUGUAUUGAACCAAUACGGAACGCAGUUUAUUCCGUAUUUGACAAUUGUCCCAUGGGGCGAGCCCGCGCGAUCCACGGCUCCGAUGGCGGGGCGUGGCGGGCAGCAGUGCGCCCAGCCCAUGCGUGUCUGUCACACACAAACAAACACCUCUUGCGCUCGUGAGUGACCACUGAGCCAACAAUAAUGAACAAAAAGGGCAGGACAUAUUAAAGACAGCAAGAUAGUUAUCUGCCUGCCCGCUGCUGUCUGCCCUGCACUGCGCUCCACUUCCGGGUUCGUUGCCUAGUUACCUCGCGCGCUCUGUUCAGUGCACCGCCCUGCGCGUUUUCAAAAUAAAAAUGUCUUCUUCAGCAGCAGAAGCUCAGGACACCCCACCUCAUCCUCAAAAGGGGAAACGUCUCCAAAAAAUACAGUGGAGUGGAAAGAGGGGAACCCGUGGCUCGAUAGAGUCACUGAUGAUGAUUAUAAAGCCAACUGCAAGGCAGGCAGGAAAGUUUUUGCAGCGUCUCACGGAAGUGUAAAACAGCAUGCCUCAGGGGACCUCCACAAACGGCAUAUAAGAUCCCAGGAGAGCCUUCGUCACAAUUAUUUGUACCUGAAACAUCCCCUGAGCUUGAUUUGGUAUGUUAUUAUGCUCUUGUAUAUGGAUAACAUAUAGGCUAUAUUUAUAUUUACCUUCAUACACCUUGCAUUGAUAGGAGCAAAGCUAGGCUAUUUCAGUUGCUAUUAUAGUUGAAUAUUUUCAGGAAUGUUGAUUUUUUUUUUUUUGAAACAUGCAUUUAUUAUCAUUUAAUAUGGAAUGAAUUCAUGUACCCAUAAAGAACAUCAUAUUUUGUUACGCUAACUAAUACUCCUCAUUUGGAAUCAUUCCUAAUAGAUUAACAGCAAAUAAACAAUGAAUAAAUAGUCCUACUGCGGAUAUACUGUAUACUAUCUAUUGAUUGAUUAAUAGUGAAUUUGACAUCAUCCCACUCCUACCCUCUAAAUUACUGCAGCUGAGGUGACACAGGUAUACCACACAGUAAAACGUAGCCAGCCAGAGCUACAACAGUGCUGACUGUGGACACAGGCUCAAUCAGAAGAUUUUUAUGUGAUUCCAAAAUGGUGAAGAAAAUGACUUUGGGGAGAACAAAGCAAGAGGCACUGUUGAAACAAGUCCUGGGUCCAAAGGCAGUGGGUGAUGUGCUCAAGAUCUUCACGUCACCCAUCCCAUUCUCCAUACAGACCGAUGCCUCGAAUAAAUUGAGCAAGAAGAUGCUUCCCCUUGCUGUCCAGUACGUCAGUCCAGAGUCUGGGCUCACCAACAAAAUGCUGGACUUCAUAGAUAAUGCAGACGAGUCAGCUGCUGGAAUUGUAGCUCUCCUGGAACAUUCCCUUAAGAAAUUUGGCUUGUCAAUGGAUCACGUGACCGGAUUCAGUGCCGAGAACACAAAUGUUCAUUACGAUAUUCACAACUUCGUUUUCACUAACCUGCAGAAAAAAAAAAAAAAAUCUGCUGCAAGGAAACUGCCAUGCCCACAUAGUGCACAAUACAAUUUUCUCAUCUAAAAAUAGAUACAUUUCUAUGCAUUUUAGGAGUUUUGGGGAUGCCCCUUUUUUUCGCCCGUAAGGCUUUGGGCGCGAGGGGGGCGUCCCUUAUUUCUAUUUCUGAAAGGUGGCAACCCUACAUUAGCUUGUCGCAGUUGGCCGAUUUCCACUGUUUUAUCGAAUGGCACUGACUCAAAAUGGCCGACAAGUGAUAACGGCUCUCGUCAUUGGCUCACAUAGCGCAUUUAGCGCUAUUUAAUGUAUCCUGUAAUUGAUAUCUUUGCGGCUCUUGAAAAUCGUUCUCAGCUACCGACAGACUGUUAAACACACACACAAAAAAUACUCAGUAAUUUUUAGUUCGUUUGUUUAAUAUUUAACUAAAUACAGUGCAACACAAGAGAAACAAAUAUCACUUCAUAGAAUAUUCGGGAUUAAUGCUCUCAUAAAUCAUGACGGAACACAAAAAUAGUCUUGUUCUACCGAAUUUUGUCUCACUGUGCUAGCCGUAGGUAGCUCUCAACGCAUGCCCCAAGUGCGCAGGCGCACGACAAUUUCUGCCGCCGAACUCAAAGCUAUUCUAAAUGUUGAAUUUUGCUAGAAACUUUGGAACAUUUUGAACAACUUCAGCUUGUGUUGGCUUUAACUCUGACAUUUUAUGGUGAAUAUUGUGUCAUUAGGAAAGUUUGCCACGCGACGUGAUAGUAAGUAGAAUGUCGUUCUUCGUUUUGUCAAGCAUUAAGAAGCCCCAAAGUUUGUCGUUUUCUCUGCAAACAUCUCAAACAAGUGACACACAUGACAGCUAGCUCCUCAUUUGAAAUGGCUAUUGUCACUUUGGCAUCAUCUGAAGACGAACGUCCCACCUUAGGUCUGCCAAACUGGAACUAAUAGGGAGGAUUUCAAUCCCUGGGAGUGGACUUCUUACCCUUGGGAAGCAUGUAUGAAUAUUUGACAGAUGACAUCUGGAAAGAGUUGGGACCGGUGGACCCCGACUGGUUCCAAGUGUUGACAGCGCGAGCGUCCUCUCGGGAAGAAAACCUCUCGGAUCCGGAAGAGCUGUGUCCCAACCAGGAGGGAAACGCCAAGACUUUGGGGGACGCUGUUGCCGCGACGGCAGAAAGUCAACACUUUUCCACCCCUAAAGUGUUCAGACGCCGUUACCGAUACGUCACGUCCCCGGCCGCCGAGGACCGGCCACGAGAGAUGGAGGCGUCGCCGUGGAGCGCCAGGAGUCCGUGUUUGUUUCCGAUUUCCAGAGACGCGGCCCCGAGUUCAAAUGACGGCUCUGUACGGUCACGCGAUCCAGACGCUUUUGGUUUGCUUCACACGCCGCUCAAGUCGCCGGCCAGCUACGCCCAACACAUAUCGGAAAGCCUGGGUGCCAACCUACACCCCGACAUAUCUUGGAGCAGCUCUCUCAACACGCCGUCGGCUUUGCCUCCCACCAUCAUUUUGUCUAAUAGAGAGGAUAGUCCCCGCCCGGGGACAUUUUCUUUGAGCGGCACCGUUUUGAUGGUCCGGAAACUUUUUCCGUCACUUUCCAACGCAAACCAAAAUGAAGCGGAAAGUAACGACUUGCCUGUGGCUCUACAAGAUUCUCCCGAGGCCGGACACUCCUCCGAGAAUUCGCCCAAGCUCCCGGAUGCCGCGAUUGAGGACGGAGAGAACCGCAACGGUACUGAAAACCUCCCGUCAGUGUCCCUCACCGACACGGAUUUGGAACUAAAGAAGGCGAAGACCUCCGAAGAAGGAGAAUCUGCUCAAGAGCGAGGCGUAAAACGUCCAGUCGAAGCCGAAGCCACACAGUGGUCCCCGUUGAGUUUUUCAGACAUUCCGCCAACCGCCGCGUAUGUAAACCAAUGUAAAACCCAGAAGGAGAACCAACCUAUUCCCGCUCAGACGGUCACACCGGCUUUUAAAUCCAGUGGAUUGACCAAGAAAAAGGUCCAAUUCAUUUACACCGUUGACAAGGAGAAGCGCUCGCUGAAGACGGACUCCACGCAAGGUCACGAGCCGCCAACGUCCGAUGACAAAUCCAGCAGUUGCGACGUAGGAGAUGGAAAGGAAGAGCUUCGAGAAAGCGUAACCCAAGAAAAGCCGACUCCCUCGCUUCAGCCAGACACGCGGGAUUUGGACAUGUCGCAGCUUUGCCGAGCUUUCGCGCAAGACUUCAGUCAAAUGUCCGAGCCGUCCAAAGCUAGGGGCUUCUCGCCGUCGGCCCGUCUCACCGCUUUGAAAGUCGCUCAGCAAAAGACCAAAAAGCAUUCGGGAGCUCAGAGCGAAGCGCCUCGCGACGUCGAGGUCACGGCGAGCGACAGCGGCUUCCUUUCGGCCGGUGCCGACAUCUCGCGAGUGACUGCCUUCUACUGCCAAAAACCCAGUCACCGUUGGGCUUUACAGACUACGAGUACAGUCCAAAACGAGGCGUGUUUGGAGGAGGUUUCGCUCGGAACACCCGCCGAUGCCGAGGAUACCUCAGUGCAACUGCCAAAAGAAGUAAGCCACCAUCCUGUUUUACAACUUGAUGAAAAUACAGUAGAGAGUGUCGCUUUUUGUAGUUUCAAGACGGCUUCAGACAAAGCGCCGCAGGCAUCCGCAGCCCAUCUACAGAAAUCUACCGGCGAUCAGCAACCGGACAAUAUGGUCUUGCCCACGACAACGAGUUGCCUGGUUACUGUUUCCAAAAAGUGUCUGUCGAAAGAAAAUAGAAGAUGCACAGAGGAGUCACUAGAAGGUUUGUCUUCGUCCAUCAAAAAAGUUGAGAAAGCUCCAAAAUACCCCGGAAACACGAGUUCAAGCGCACGCCGAGACAAUCGACCCGCCAUAUCCGACGGUGUCGCCGAUAAAGAAAUUCCCGAAAUGUCAUCUUUCGUCUGGAGUCGUCCGAUAAAAGCUCCGAACGAGGAUCCUUUGAAGAAGGAAUCGCUUCAAGGUGCCGUUAAAAAUGCUUCAGAAAGUCCAGGAAACACAAAUACAGUCACAUGCAAUAACAUAGCUCAAAAAAGAUUUGCCACAACGUCAACUCUAGCUCUUUUGGGCCGAAACUGUGACAACUGCCCACUGAGCGCCUCGCAGAAGGCGGACGUGAAGGAGUUGUGCACGCUCCUGGAAGAAGCGGGCAGCCAGUUUGAAUUCACGCAGUUUAAAACUACAAAGUUAAAUCCACUAGAUGAAGAAAACUCUGCCUCCGCCAAAGAACUCGACCCCGGCUUCUUAUCCGGGAUUGAUUUCGACGACAGCUUUUGCGCAGAGACUGAUGAGAAAGUGUACCCUUUACUACAAGACGGAACAAAACUCCAAGUACCCGAUGUCGUACGGGAACCUCCGAGCGCUCGUACGAUCGAAAAAGAAAUAACCGUCGCUGAAGAAACAUCUGAAAAAAGUGUUGGCGUUUCCAAAAAGUGCCUGAAGAAAACCAAACAUUUAUUCCAGGAUUUGAAGGAAAGUGUUCCAACGCAAAGGCCGAACCCUGAAAAAGGUAGACCGGUUUUGUGUGAGAGUAUCUCUCAGGGAAACAGUUACAACGCGAAGUCUCCGCUCGCUAAUGUAGCAUCCUUUUCUUCGUCGUCAAAUUUGGUCUCCAUCUACGGCCGCACGGGCGCCAGGUUCUGCCCGGCCGAUGGGAAGAGUUCAUCAGUGUCCGCCGAGGUCACGGCCAAGGCAGAACAUCUUUUGCGUGAGGAUGAGCGAGUGAAACGAGGAAGCUUCUCGGAAAUCCGACAUGUUGACCGUCGGCCGGGUGGAUUCCAAACAGCUGCCGGUAAACACGUUGCCGUUUCCUUAGCAGCUCUGACGAAGGCAAAAUCCUUGCUUGAUGAAUGUGUAAAAGUCACGGAAUAUCCAGACGGCUACACAUCACCCGAGAAAAGUGAGACCCGGUCUGUAAAUGGGAAGCCCGCGACAUUAUCAUUUGACUCUCCCGUUGACAACCUCGGCUCUGCUUCAGAGUCCGUUGUAAGUUUUGCAAAACAAGGAAAUGUCUCCAAUCCAUCUUUGGGUAGUGCUUUUUCUUUCCUAAGUGGUGGUGGUGGUGUCUCUCCUGCCACUGGAAAGAAGGUCAUGGAAAAAACCCGUCCUGAAAUCUUGCCAGAAGACCACCAGGACGACCGAUUCUCAGAAAUGAAAGACGGAAGUUUCUCGGCUGUCCAACGUAUUGGCGGACAGUCGGGUGGAUUCCAGACAGCCGGAGGCAAAAGGCUCGCCGUUUCUUCCGCUGCUCUCAGAAGGGCGAAAUUUUUGCUCGAUGAUUGUGACGCACGUGAAUUCUUGUCAGACACUGGCAAGUCCGUUUCAGCAAAAUCUGAAAAUGCUGACUUUAAAAACACAGCGUUUUUAGAAAGCAAAAACAUACGGCAUCGUAGGACUCAGGAGAAUUAUGAACUGGAUUUCAGUUCUUCUGGUGGUGGUGGAUUCCACACAGCCAGUGGGAAGAAAGUAUCAGUAUCUGCAGCAGGCUUGGCAAAAGCUAAACAUCUUUUGCAAGAAGACCACCAGGAUAACUCUUCCAGAGAAAAAAGGAACGUAGAACCUCUUUCUGCGCCAAGCGUCGUCAAUACGGGAAGCCGUGUAAAUCUGUCUUUGGAUGUUGGUUCGUCUGUCCUGAGUGUUGGUGGAUUCUCAACCGCUAGUGGGAAGAAGGUAGCCGUGUCUGCUGCGGCCGUGGCAAAAGCUAAACGCCUUUUGCAAGAAGACCAAAAGGACGACUCGAGCAUCAUCGAUGCGGGAAGCCAUGCAAAUCAGUCUUCGGAUGUUGGUUCUUCUGUGCUGAGUGUUGGUGGAUUCUCAACCGCUAGUGGGAAGAAAGUAGCCGUGUCUGCCGCAGCCGUGGCAAAAGCUAAACGUCUAUUGCAAGACGACCACAACGACGACUCUUCUAGGGAAGAACGGAACGUGGAACCUCCUUCUGUGCCAAGCGUCGUCAAUACGGGAAGCCGUGCAAAUUCGUCUUUGGAUGUUGGUUCUUCGGUCCCGAGUGUUGGUGGAUUCUCAACCGCUAGUGGGAAGAAAGUCGCUGUGUCUGCUGCUGCCCUGGCAAAAGCAAAACGCCUUUUGCAAGAAGACCACAAGGACAACACGGAAAAUCAUUCAAAUUCAUCUUUGAGUGUCGGCGGUUCUUCUCUGAUUGGUGGUGAAUUUACAACUGAUAGUGGUAAGAAGGUAGCUGUAUCUCCAGUGAGUAGACAUCUUUUGCAAGAUGACCACGAGACCGACUCAAGUAAGAAUAUGAAACAUGGAAGCUUUUCAGGUGUUGAACGUAUCGACUACCGGGCGGGAGUAUCCCAGACAGCUGGAGGCAAACGAGUCAGUGUUUCAUCUGCUGCUCUUACGAAGGCAAAAUCCUUGUUUGACGAGUGUUGUUCACGAGAGGGGAAUCGAGCUAAUAAUGCCCCUUCAAGAAAAAGCGCCUAUCUGUCAGAAAUGGAGGACCCUGGGUCAUUUUCAGCCCAAUCACUCAAUGACAACGUCAACUUCACUUUAGAGAGUCUAGGUUUAAAAAAGUAUGACGCACAAGGAAACGCUAGAAACCAAGAGAACGGUUGUUUUUCAACUGCGGUUGCAGAAAACGAUCAUUUCAAAGAUACGAUGGACAGUCACGUCGGAAUGUUUGAACAAGAUCCGGAAAUGAGACAUCAAUUGAAAGCUGACGUCAAGUUUGGAAACAUGAAUGCAGCACAAUUUAUGGACAACGACGGCACGGAGCAUCUUCAAAAUCUGAAAAAACGUGACAUUUGUUCAUUUUCCCUGCGAGGCCGCGCAUUCUGUACCGCUAGUGGGAAAAGCGUAUCUGUUUCCGAAGAAGCGAUAACCAGAGCCAAGUCCCUCUUUAAUGAUGUUGAGGGUGACGAGCACAACAUUCAAAAUGUUGGGCUCCAGUCUGCCAGAAGAAUUCCUACUUCUGAAGCACGCGAGAAGGCAAAGUCCUUUUUCAGCGAGUGCCAGGAAGAAAGGGCAGAUGUACCCCACACGUCGACACCCUGCAGCAGUAGCUUCAGCGCAGCAAGUGGGAAACGAGUCCUCGUGUCCGACGAUGCGAUGGCAAGAGCGAUAUCCCUGUUUGAUGAAAGCAUUGUCAGAGAAAGAAGGUCAGCAGCUUCAGAAGGAAGCGCGCGUGAAGGAGAGGAAAUGUUAGAAGAGUUGGACGGUGAAAUCAUUAAGACACCUGAGCAGCCUUCAGUCGUAAAUUUCCAGUCGCUGGACUUGAUGAACUGUACCGAAACGCAGCAGUUGUUCCUGGCCCAGGAAGCGCUGGACUGCACCAAAGCUUUGCUGCAGGAUGAGGGUCUCACCGGACCGUCGAUGACUUUUGAAAACAUGCUACGACAGAACGACUCGAACGAGACUCCAGGGUUGCAAAUACAUGGAAAAAGAUUAGCAGAAGACAAGGACUUGAAUGACCAGCCUCCUCUGAAAAGAAGACUACUGGAUGAAUUUGACAGAUCUCUGGACAGUCCAGGAGGAUCAAAGCUCUGCCCGCAAAUAAGUUCUCCUAAUGGUCUAGUGAAAGACAGGCCAGUGUUCAACCAUGUUUCGCUCGGCCCGAACGUCACCAAACCUCACAGAGAUGGCUACCUGGAAGGUGCCGCAUCGCCAAGGAGGACUCCGCAGGCCCGUUUGGCAGGGUUGACUUCUGUCCCUCGGUUUUUCAAGAAGACAGAGGUGCGACCGAGGAAUAGUACGACAAAACCACCUCUGGCUUUUGUUCCUCCGUUCAAAAGAGGAAGAACGGCGGUCGAACGAAGCUUUAAUAGCGACUCUAUCAGCGGGGCCUCUCUCAAAACCGCCUCAGACCAUCCCGCCACCGGUCACGACUCCGAUCGAAGACCAUCUCCGGACCCCGACCGGAGUCGAGGGGCGGCGCUCGAGAACGUCGAGCUAGCGCAAGACAUGCAAGACAUGAGGAUCAGGAAAAAGAAACGGCAGACUAUAAAACCAUUGCCGGGCAGCUUGUUCCGAACUAAAACCUCAGGCGAGAUGAGGAUUUCUUUCAAGGAUGCGGUACGUGGCAGGACUCCUGGCCGGUUUACGCAGAAACAGCUUUACGACUACGGAGUGCAUCGGCACGUGUGCGACAUCACCAGCGAGACGGCGGAAGCUUUCCGCUUCCGCCUCGAACUGUUCUUCAAAACGGAAGCUUUCGCCGACGAAAGUGGCAUUCGACUUGCGGACGGAGGCUACCUGGUUCCCAGUGGGGACGGGACGGCAGGCAAGGAGCAGUUCUUUCGAGCUUUGUGUGACACGCCUGGCGUGGAUCCUAAACUGCUGAGUGACGUGUGGGUGUAUAAUCACUACAGGUGGAUUGUGUGGAAGCUGGCCUCCAUGGAGAGGUCCUUCCCGGAAACGCUUGGAGGCCUGUGCCUCACGCCAGAAAGGGUUCUGUUACAACUCAAGUAUAGAUACGACGUGGAGGUGGACCGCAGCCGCCGGCCCGCCCUGAGGAAGAUCUUGGAAAAGGACGACACGGCGACAAGAACUUUAGUUCUCUGCGUCUGCGGGGUGGUCUCACCGGGCCAAACGGAGAACCCGCGCGCGGUCGUGCGGAUGACGGACGGCUGGUACGCCGUGAAAGCCCAACUGGACGAGCCCUUGACCGCCCGGCUCCGCGAGGGUCGACUGGCCGUCGGCGGCAAGCUCGUCAUCAGUGGCGCUCAGCUGGUGGGAUCGCAGGACGGAUGCGCGCCGCUGGAAGCGCCCGAGUCGCUCGUGUUGAAGAUUUUCGCGAACGGCAGCAGACCCGCUCGUUGGGACGCUAAGCUGGGAUUUUACAAGGAUCCUCGGCCGUUCCCGCUUCCUCUGUCUUCGCUGUACGGCAACGGAGGACACGUCGGCUGCGUGGACAUCGUGCUGCUGAGAACUUACCCUCUACAGUGGAUGGAGAAGACGUCCGACGGAGGCGUGCUUUUCCGUUCCGCUCGAGCCGAAGAGAGGGAGGCGGUUCGUUAUAACGGCCAAAAGCAGAAGGCCAUGGAGGCGCUCUAUGCUAAGAUACAAGCAGAGGUGGAACAGGAGGACAACGAAAACAAACCUCAACUCAGAAGACGGACCUUGAAUCAUCGGGAUAUUGGAGGUCUGCAGGACGGGCAGGAACUCCAUGAAGCUGUGGGAGACGACUUCGCUGGGCUUGAGGCCCAACUGAGCGAGCAGCAGCUGAAAACUCUGCAGGCUUACCAUGGUUCCCUCAUAGACAAAAGACUGGCGGAAAUACAGGAUCGCUAUCGUCGCGCUACGGAGAAGAACGCGGAAGGCGGCCGAGCCGGCUGCCCUCCGAGAGACGUCGCCCCCGUCUGGAGACUCUGCGUCGCCGACUCUUUGAAUCCCGCCGGCAACAUUUACCAACUCAGUCUUUGGCGGCCGUCCCAAGACCUGCUGGCCUCGUUAAAGGAAGGUCGUCGGUACAAAGUCUACCAUUUGGCCACGUCGGAGAGAAAGAAGCGUGGCGGUGUCGCCGCCGCGCUACAGCUCACCGCCACCAAGAGCACACAAUUUCAGGACCUGCAGACAUCGCCAGAAUUUUUGUCAACGUGUUUUCAACCGCGAGUGUCUACUGACUUUGUGGCUCUUCAAAACUUGGAUUUCGAUCCUCUGUGUGGAGAGGUGGAUCUCACCGGCUGUGUUGUCAGGGUGAUUGACGGACAAGGAGCUUCUCCUUCCUUCUACCUGGUGGACUGCAACAUGAACUUUGUGAAGGUCCGCUGUUUCAACAGCCUGCUUCAAGCUGGCCUGGCGGAUGUGGUGAAACCCAACGCCCUGCUGGCAUUAAGCAACCUGCAGCUGAGGGGCCAGUCCAGCCGACCCACUCCCGUGGUGUACGCGGGAGACCUCGCCGUCUUCUCUACCAGUCCCAAAGAAGAGCACCUUCAACGGGGGCUCGGACCGCUGAGGGACCAAUUGCGGGAACAAGAGAACUUCUUUCUGCGCGCCGAAGAGAAACUUUCCGAACUGCUCCAAAAUGACUCGGUCCGCUCUCCCGAUGUGCCUCCUAAAACUCCGCACGUGAGAACGAGCGUGCCCGGCGGCUACGUUCCCGCCGUUUCCCUUCAGCGGAACACGCCUCGGCAGCCGGUCGGACGCUGGGCUUCCGCGAGGGGGAACUUUCGGUCUUCCGAUCCGAGAAGGUUGAAGAGAUGGUACGCCGCGUCGCCUCCCCCGUCGCUGUCCGUCAGGAAGACCUUCAACCCUCCUCGGAGAACCGCGGCGCCCCGAACUUUAAAGCCUGUCGAUACCCUGACACCCGCUUCCGGGGGACCGCUUCAGGAAGAGGAGGAGGAGUUGGUGAACGACCGAGAGCUCGCCAUGAUCGAUACACAGGCCUUGUGUGCCAGUGAUGCAUUGUUACUCUAAGUUGCUGUAUUAUAAAAGAAACGUUCAAAUAAAUGUUUAUUUUUGUUCAUUAAUUCAGUCAUUUGGAAAGAAUGUGUAAUGAAUGGAGAUUAACAAGUGACAUUUCUAUCUAUUCUGCCCUCACCACUUCCCCGCCGUGGCAAGGCAGAUAGCUAACUCCUCCAAAUAUGACACUGCUUGAUGAUGAUUGACUUUUUAAUCAACAUUCAGUUGGCUCAAAGAGGUGUAAAACUUAAUAGCAAACCAUGACAACGUUGACAUGCUGUAACAUAU